AUGCAUAACGACCUUCAAGAUGCCCUCCAAGCGAAAUACGACGCCCGGAAAGCCCAACCGGCCUCGGGAAGUGACAAGAAAGGCUGGAUUUACGUUCUGGAGGGAGAGAAGUUUGUGAAAUGUGGCAGGACGAAUAAGCCGGAACGUCGGAUUAAAGAGCAUCGAAGGAGGUGUAAAUUAGACGAAACGCAGUUGAGAGAGGUUUAUAAAGUGGAAAUUCCGUGGGCGAAUCGCACAGAGUCCUUGCUUCAUAUCAAACUGAAGAUGGCUGGUUUUCAUAUCUCCAAGCUCGAAUGCGCCUGUAUGUUUGGCUCCGGCGUUGUAGAUCUCUCUGCUGACAUUCAGGCGAUGGAAGGCGGUGUAGGACAUGUCGAACGAUACAUUUGCUCCAGGGAGACAGUCGAUGAAGCUAUAGGAAAAAUCAAGGAGUUAAUUGAUGAAGUUAGGCACGAAUGA